AGUUCCUCGCCCUCAGCUCCCGUCGGACAUUUUCUGUCCUCCCCCGCACCUUUUUUUUUUGUCCUUUUUCCGCCGGGAUUUGGCGCUGAUCCGUGUGGAAAUCGGAGGCUUCAAGGCAGCACAGGUGGCCCAGCCACACGGUACGCCAGCAUCGCGGCUGUUGGUACUCUGUAGGACGAAGGAAGUCAGAAAGGUUUCUUCUGGCAGGGAUCCCACCGGUCGCCCUCACCUGCAGCUCCCCCCGGGUGCUUCCCCUUAGUCCUGGAUCCAGGCCAAGCAGCAGCCCAGAGGAGCAGAGGAGCCUGGCAGAGGUGCCCACAGCCUUGGGCAGUGCACUCAUGGUCCCCAGGAGUGGGCUUCAGCAUGCAGCUGUCACCUCCUACGCAUACAAACUCCAGUGCCUCAGGAUCCAGGUGAAGCAGAUCUGCAGGGAGAGGGACAAAGCAAGGCUGGAUCUGGAGAAAGCGGAGAGACGCUGCCUGCAGCUUGGCAGGGAGUUGAACGAGCAGUACGUCGCCCUCGAGCACAGCCAGAGCAAGCUCAAGGAUGUUCAAACUGAAAUGGAGGCAAAGGAGCUGCUUUUGCAGCAAGCAGUCAACCAUCGAGCAAAGCUGGAGGCUGAUACACAGUUCCUCCGGGGCAAAGAGGCCAGCCUGCAUGGACGACUGAACCUCAUGAUGAGGGAGAACACACAGCUGCAAAACAAGGUCACGGAGAUGACUGAGAAACUGGUGGCCUCUGAGAAGCUGGUGCUGGAGCUGCAGAAAGAGCUCAACCUUGUUGUGAAGGACAAGCUGGAGCUGGUGGAGCCCCACAGCCCAGAGCUCCUGACCCAAAGCGAGUGCUUUGCGGAGAUUGUGCUGGAAUACGAGCGGCAGUGCCAGGUGCUGUGGGACCAGAACGGCGUGCUGCGGAGGGAGCUGGAAGCACUGCGUCUUCAGCUACAGCAGGAGAGCAGGGCCGAGCGAGGGCUGCCAGCUGCAGUGUGCCUCUCUCCCAGCCCACUGGUUCCCAAUUCUGCGUGCACAGAGACGUCACUCACAGUGGAGCAGCUUCGAGAGCAGCUGCAGGACCUGAAAGUGCAGCUGCAAACCAAGGUAAGCUAUUACGAGAAGGAAAUUGAGUUAAUGAGGAAGAACUUUGAAAGAGAGAAGAAGGACAGCAAAAAAAGCUUCAAGGCUGAGAUGAGCAAGGUGGAAGGCCAGAAAAGAGACCUGGAAGAAACGGUUGCAAAGUACGAGGCUGUAAUUGAUGGCCCGAAAGCGCAAAAAUGUGUGCAGAGCCUGGAGCUGGAGGAGGAGCUUGAGAUGGAGCAGGCCGGGGGAGGAACACAGCUCCCUGAAGAUGUACGCUGUCCAAGGCAGCAGCUGCACCGGGAAGGAGAAGAGCUGAGGAUGCAGUGCAGGGACAGAGAGGGCCUGAGGGGAGACCUGUGCUGGCUGCUGGAGGAGAACAGCUUGCUGAAAAGUCAACUUGGGAGACUCCAGCAAGAGCUGAGGGAGGCAAAGGAGAAGGGCAGCAGACGUGAUGAGAGACAUGUGAGUGAGUUGGGCAGAGAGGAGGUACAAGAGCUGGCUCAAAUACCACAGUUGAUAAAGUCGAGUGAGAAGAACAAAAGAGAGGUCUCCCAGCUGAACACCAAGCUGUGUCAGCUGAGCCGUGAGCUCCCUGAGCAUGAGGCCAGCCACGGCGCCGGCCCUGCCACCACCCAGCUGCAGAGCCAGAGGCUGGUGGAAGCUGAGCAGCUGCAAGGAGCGGAGAUGGCCGCAAGGCCAGGGCACCACCGGCAGCAUGCAACGUGUUGGAUGGAGAUGGAACUGCUUUGGCAGCAGCUCAAGGCCUCGCAGGAGAAGCUCUUAGAAGCCAAAGCAAGCCUGAGCCUGGCCCAGACUCGGCAUGCGCUGCAGCUGCAGCAGGCCAAGGCCCAGAUGAACAACAUGGUGCCAAAGAAACAGUUUGAGCAGCUGCAAACCAGCUUGAGGGAGGAACAGUGCAGGGCUCAGCGGCUCCAGGAAAACCUCCAUCGGCAGGCUGAGCAGGCACACAGGCAGCUGGUCAGGACGCAGGAGGAACACGAGCGUCUGCUGCAGGUGGCCAUGGAGCAGGCGGAGGGGCUGGAGCGUGAGCUGAGGAGCGCUGAAGCCGUGCUGGCAGACAGGGCAGCUCACCUCAAGGAUGCACAGGCCCAGCUCUCCAGGAACAAACUGCUGAUGGAAGACCUCCGUAAGGAGAACAGGGGGUUUGCAGUGGCCCUGCAGGUGGCAGAGCUGAAGCAGAAAAGCACCGAGGAGAAGAACCAGGUGUUGGAGGAGCAGGCAUCGGCCCUGAAGCAGCUCAUUGGAAAAAUCACACCGGCGUCUUUGAGUGUGUAAUGAGGUGCCUGCUGUGGCAGCCGUGCUGCUGAACCUGGCCGGGACUUGUCAGUUCCUCUUGGGCUCUACGAGACGGAGCCUGAAGCUUCCGAAAGCCUGAGCCUAGGAUCCAAACCAACAUCGCCUCUGUGGACCGUGGUUCCAUCUUCGAUCUCAAAUUCUCCAUAGUCCCUUAAGCACCGCACCUGCAACGCAGAAGGGCAGCAGUCUCUGGAUCAACAGACCUCCCCUAGAAAAUAUCAGGCAGUACUGCUGACUUAAACCACAUGCUCCAGAAGUCCAAGUAUGGACACAUUCCUACCCAUCUGCUGGAGCCUCAUAUAGAGCCAACCUGGAAAUGCAGAACCAGACUGAUCCUGCAGCCUGGGGGCUCUACCCGAUGUUCUCUUCCUGCCUUUGCCCGGAGCAAGAAGCACCAGUGAGCAGACCCAGCCCUCCAGAGACUAGAGGAAGACCAGCCCUGCAGAACAGCAGCAGCAUUUUCAGGAGACCCUCCCCACACACAGCAGGAAAUGCCAGUCUGUUAACACUGAAACGGUCUUAAAGAGCAGGCUGAUUGCCACCACGCGUUCUUUCUAAGAGAGUAAAGGAACAGAGCGCUUCAGCUACUGACUGGUACAAUUUUUCACAUGCUCUUGGAUGGUUGCAUCAGCUGUGUAAAAUUAUUUAUAGUCUCAUCUAUCAAAGUCCAUUUAAAAUAACAAUAAACCUCACCUAAUUAACAACCCGUAAUGUAGGAACAAGGUUUCUAAUCAAUCCAAAGAGUUCUUUGAAAGGAAGAGUUAAGUUUCUGCAAAAUAAAUA